CGUCCUGUACUCCUUAGUAGUAAGCUUUAAUAUGUAAUGCAGACACCUUUUAUUGGCGCUACAGGGGUUUUGUAGUGCAGCAGAAUGUUUUUGUUAACCUUGUUAAAGCUAAAACAAGGUAGGCUAAUAUGCUAAUUAUCAAGCCCUUAAAGGUCACCUCUUAUUUCAUUGCAUUUUUUAAUUUUAUUUUUUUUUACAGCUAGACAGCACUGGUUCAUGCUUGCCCUAUAGAUAACAUUGCACUCACUCCCAUGGAGUUACCUAGAAGUCAGCACUGAUUGGCUAAAAAGCAAGUCUGUCAAAAGAACUGAAAUAAGCAGGCAGUCUACAGAGACUUAGAUACAAUGUAAUCACAGAGCUGCUGAUGUUUGUUCACGAUGAGUGGAUUAGGGGAGAACUCCUUGGAUCCUCUAGCUACCGAGUCAAGAAAGCGAAAGCCGUCUACUUGUGAAACCCCUGGCCCUAGGGAUCAGAAUGGAUACAGACCAAAUCCUGUUACACAAGGUGUUAGGCUACCACUAGCUACAAAUACCAACCCUUCCAAUUCUAUGAAUGCACUUCCAGCUCAGGCCAUGCCUCAGCAGAACCGGAACUAUGGCAUAGGGGAUUCCAGCUCCAUGACACAAAUGCAAGGCAUGAGAUACAACUCCCCAGGCAGCAUGGGACCUGUAAACCAAGCACCAGGAAACCAACAGUCACAAUACCAGAAUAACAACUAUGGCAUGAAUAUGAGCAGCCCCCCACAUGGCAGUCCUGGCAUGAGUACUAACCAGCCUAACUUAAUUGUUUCCCCAAGAAAUCGGGGUAGCCCCAAGAUAGGAUCAAAUCAGUUUUCUCCAGUUCAAGGUAUGAACUCUCCAAUUGGAUCUUCAGUUAAUGCAAGUGGAGGAACUUUCUCCAGCAGCUCCUUGAGUGCCCUUCAUGCAAUAAGUGAAGGAGUGGGAAGCUCCCUUUUGUCAUCCUUAUCGUCACCUGGGCAGAAAGUGGAGAGUGGUCCAAAUUUGAACAUGAACCAACCAAAUAAAAUGGGAAACCCGGAGUGCAAGAGCCCCAGUAGCUUAUAUUGUGAACAGAGUCAAGUUGAGAGUUCUGUUUGCCAGUCCAGUGGUAGAGACCACUUGGGAGAGAAGGACAGCAAAGAGAAUAUUCUUGAAGGGUCAGAGAGCCAAAGGGCGCAGGCUGAAAGCAAAGGUCAUAAAAAACUUCUCCAGUUACUGACUUGCUCUUCAGAAGAAAGAAAUCACAAUACGAUGGCCAACUCAACUAUGGACUCCAGUUGCAAAGAUUCUUCCACUAAUGUUACUAGCCCUUCCAGUGUCUCCUCAACUUCAACAGGUGUCAGCUCCACAUCAAAUCUUCAUGGAUCCAUGCUUCAAGAGAAACACAGAAUACUUCACAAGCUGUUGCAGAAUGGAAAUUCUCCUGCAGAAGUAGCUAAGAUCACAGCAGAAGCCACAGGCAAGGACAACUUCCAGGAAUCUGUUAGCUCUGUUCCUUGUGGGGAAGCAACAGUGAAGCAGGAACAGCUGAGUCCUAAAAAGAAGGAAAACAAUGCACUUCUCAGAUACCUACUUGACAAAGAUGAUGUAAAGGAUCAACUGCCAAAGGACUUGAAGCCCAAGCUGGAACCAUCUGAAAAUAAACUGGGGCAAUGUAGCAGUUCUAGCAUUCCAACUUCAAGCCAAGAUAAUGAGAUUAAAAUCAAAACAGAGCCUGCUGAAGAGGUCACUGGGGACCUAGAUCACUUAGACGCCAUCCUUGGUGAUCUCACAAACCCAGAUUUUUACACCAAUUCAGUGAAUUCAAAUACAAGUAACUUAGGAGCAAAGCAGCCAGUGUUCCAUGACAACGCACCAAUGGGCAUGAGAAGUCCUCAAACUGUACACCCAACAAGACCUCCUUUUAAUCGUGCAAUAUCGUUGGACAGCACAAUGCCAGGGAACUCCACCCCUCCAGGGAGAAAUGGCAACAAUUUCCCAAUGUUACAAAAGCAAAGCAUGAUGGGAAGUCCACGAAUGAUGGAUGGACAAGAUGGUUUUGGUGUUAUGAUGGGAAGUGGUCCUAACAGCAGGAAUACUGGGGACUGGGGAAUGCCAAGUUCAACCGUUAACAGGAUGGAGCCCACAAGUACUGGGUCAGUUGGGAGGCCAGGGCCUGACUAUAAUACCUCCAUGCCAAGGCCAACAAUGAAUAACAGCAUGGCAGCAAGAUCCAAUAGUGUCCCUGGAAACAGGCCGGUGUUACAGCAACAGAUGCUUCCAAUGAGACCCAAUGACAUGGCAAUGGGGAUUAGCUCAAAUCCGUAUGGACAACAGGGUCCUUCUAACCCACCCGGUUCCUGGCCUGAUGGUAUGAUGUCAAUGGAUCAAGGACAUGGCGGAGCACAAAACAGACAGCUUGGCCGGAAUUCAUUAGAUGACCUGUUGUGCCCUCCCUCAACUGUGGAGGGUCAGUCAGAUGAGAUUGCCCUCUUAGAUCAGUUGCAUACACUUCUGAGUAAUACAGACCCAACAGGACUUGAAGAAAUAGACAGAGCUCUUGGAAUUCCUGAUCUUGUCAGCCAGGGACAGUCUAUGUCGCCACAGCCAGAUUCCUUCCAGACACAAGAGUCCCCAGUACUUCUCGACCAAAAGCCUCCCAUGUAUGGUCAACCAUACACCGGACAGGGAUCUGCCAUGCAAGCAGGCAAUUUUAGCAACAUACAGGGACAACACCCACCUUUUAACUCCAUGAUGAAUCAAAUGAGUCAACAACAGGGCAGUUUUCCACUACAGGGUAUGCACCCACGGGCCAACCUUAUGAGACCUCGGACAAACAUCCCAAAACAGCUGAGAAUGCAGCUGCAGCAAAGGCUUCAGGGGCAACAGUUUAUGAACCAAACCCGACAAGCACUUGAGAUGAAAGUUGAAAACAUGAAUUCAGCUGGGGCAGGAGUCAUGAGGCCAGUCAUGCAAACCCCGGUAGGAUCCCAGCAGGGCUUCCUCAAUGCUCAAAUGGUAGCCCAGAGGAACAGAGAGCUGAUCAGUCAUCAUAUCAGACAGCAACGAAUGGCCAUGAUAAUGCAGCAGCAGCAAGCUCAACCACAGGCUUUUAGCCCCCCACCAAAUGUAACUGCAUCUGCCAGUAUGGAGAACCCCCUGGGAGGACCACCCAUGCCUCAAGCACCUCCUCAACAAUUUUCAUACCCACCUAAUUAUGGAAUGAGUCAACAGGGUGACCCCACAUUUGGACGUGUAUCGAGUCCACCUAAUGCCAUGAUGCCAUCAAGAUUGGCCUCUUCUCAAAAUCCUCACCCUCAGUCUACACAAAUGUAUCAAUCCCCAGAUAUGAAGGGCUGGCCGUCAGGGAACAUGGCAAGAGCUAGCUCCUUUCCACAACAACAGUAUAGUCACCAGGCCAACCCUGCAGCAUACAGUAUGUUGCAAAUGAAUGGUAGCGGAAACCACAUGGGGCAGAUGAGCAUAAAUUCUAUACCUAUGCCUGGGAUGCCUAUGGGACCUGAUCAGAAAUACUGCUGACACCAAAAUUACUGCAAAAUGGAGAAUCCACUUAUGAACUAAAGAUGCACUAUUAUGGAGAUAAAAUUCUAUAUUUACACAGCUGGUGAAAAAGAACUGUGGCCAUCAGGAAGAGGCAAUAUUUAUACUCCUUACUACAACAAGGGCCAUUCAUAUCCCACAUAAAGACCUCUGGAUUUAAAAGCAUGCUGUAUGACUCUCUCUCUUUAUAUAUAUAUAUAU